AGUCUCUUCACUUUUGUCUCCUUGAAUGGUGAUGAGCCGAUUAGCCUCAGCCCUGCGGCGAGAUGUUUUGGUUUAUGGAAGGAAUGUGCUUUCUACCAACUUUCCUGGUUAUCUGGUCAUCGAGCACGUUCAUAAUCUCGUAUAUCAUCGCUUUGUAUCGACAAGAUGUUGAUGUUGUCCUUCCUUACAUCAGUGAUACAGGGGCUACUCCACCUGAGAGCUGUGUGUUUGGAUUCAUGUCGACAAUUACGGCAUUCGCAGCCUUUGCUACUAUGUAUGCUGAAUAUAAAUUUGUGGAAAGAGUUCAUGAGAGAACUGGAGCCGUGCCCCCUACUCUGAACAAGGUCUCAUUUGGUUUUGGAAUCUUUUCUUGCAUUGGCAUGUGCCUGGUAGCUACAUUUCAGGAGACGACAGUGAUGGAAGUCCAUGAUAUCGGUGCUCUUUUAUUCUUCAUUUGCGGGGUUGUGUAUGCAGUCAUUCAGAGUGUGAUCGGAUACCGCGCUUUUCCAUACGGAUCUUCAAAGUUCAUGUGCCAUUUACGUACAUUUUUUUCCACUGUGGCCAUUCUAGCUGCAAUACCCACAAUAGCAUGUGGGUUUCUUGUCGGGACAAGCAAACUCCACUGGGACAGCAAUGAUAAGGAUUACACACGUCAUAUAGUGAGUGUUGCGUGCGAAUGGAUCACUACCUUUAGUUUUGUCUUCUUCUUUUUAACAUACAUCCAAGAGUUCCAGCAAUUCACACUGAAACUGACCGUUAACUUAAAAGAGUAUUCAGGACUGUGACAUAACUGAACCUCAUACUUCACUGUAUGUCCCACUGUUUUUGGUGCAGUUUUAGUACAAAUUGUAUUUUUAUACAACUUAUUACCUUUUUCACGUUGAAAUGUUUGCUGAAAUACUGUGUUAUCUGUUCCAGUGUGUAUUGUUUUGUGGGAUACAAAGGCAUAAUAAUGUACUUGAAUUUUAAUACACUCUACCCGCUUAAGGCCCGACCAUUUAUAAAAGCUGCUUGAUAGUGAUUCUGAUUUCAUGAAACAUUUACAAUCAGCAAGACAAGAUAGUUGAGCACAUCCACGUUUGCAUGCAUCACUGUAAAUGAAUCAGUUUUAGGUUAAAAAUCUUGCUUUUUCAACGUUUUGCUUUAAAAUCAUGUAGCUGAAAGUAGGAUUUGCUCUAGCACUUUAUUUAACGCAGUUAUUGUGAAUGGAAGCCCAUUGCUUGUGCAAUGUGUGUGUGAUUUUGUAAUUGUGAAAUAAAAACACAUGAUGAUGA